AUGUCAGCAGCAACAAACACAGUGCCUAGAAAGAGAAACACCUCGAUUAUACCACUAGAAUUCAGAAACGAUACCAGCGACGGUGGCAUGGAGAGAGCCGCAUUGGCCACUGUGUUUGGUGUACGAGAAUACACUGAAUCAAAGAUAUUCUGGAAUACAGAUGAGGAACCUGCUCAGGACAUUACAACAACAACACCCACCACAACCAGUACAUUGCAGAGAAAUACAAGCAGGAAGAGUUACACUAGCACUAGCCAUCGUAGUAGCACAAUCAUGAUGCAAACAUCGGGUGCCCUGUUGGUUUCGCCUUCUUCAGUACAAGCCUCGUCUCCUCCUCCACCAGUGCACCGAUCACUGCCCAAAAUACCUGUUGUAAGUGAGUUUGGUGAUAUCUGGUCAGACACCUAUUUUGCAGCUGCUGUAGAUAGCAAGGCGCCUACAGCUGCUACUACAUUGUCCAACACAGUACAACAUCCGUUUCAACUCUCGCCUCCCUCCGAUUUAUCAGAUUUUCCCCUGACGAUAUUUGAUCUGCUCGAGUCAGAUGAGAACCCAAACCUUAUUUUAUGGGGCAUCAAUGCCAAACAGCAUUCGACUGUACCAUCUACUGCACCAUCCACUGCGGAUGAACGAGAUGACGCCACGCCUCACAACAAGAAGAAAUCAAGAUGGUCGGCUCAGCAAUUGAUCCCACUCAAGAAAUUGAAAAAGAAGGCCUCUGUUGAUCUGUCGAAUGCUGCGUCUGUUCCUGAGCCACCAACGCCUGAAGCAGAUCGUGUGAUAGAAGCAGCUACCAUUGAGAAGCUUGUCGAGAAAUUAACCAUCUCCCUUGAUUAUGCCUUCAUGACUGAUUUCUUUUUGAUAUACCGUGUGUUCAUGACGCCACUGCAACUAUGCAAAUUACUGAUUUUGAGAUUCAACUGGAGCUUGGAAAAGAACGAAGCCAAGAGAUGUAUAGUGAGAAUAAGAGCAUUUGUCGUCAUGAGACAUUGGCUGCUAAACUAUUUUUUGCGUGAUUUCAUUCCUAGCAAGGAACUUCGCAUUGUGUUGACAGACUUCUUGAACGCAAUGCCGUACCAUCCAUUGAUCAAGCAAUCUCCGAGGGAUCAGCGUAUCAUCAAGGGUUUGAAGCGGGUGGUUCGGCGGCUUAAAAAGAUAUACUAUGCGUCCAAUGCGUCCACCAGAGUCCAAGUCAUUGGCCCUCCUCCUCCCACCUACGAGCAGCAAGUCGUUAAGCAGAUGGUCAAGGAUCAGUUGACGUCUUCAGGCACAAUACGGCAAAAGACGUUGAAUAUGGUCAAUGGAGUUCAUCUAGAUGCUCGCCAUAGCAACAACACAGCCGUCAAGAAUGCACAAGUUGCUGCGCCCAAUGUAGUAGUGAUUGGAAAUUACCCAUCAGCCUCAACUCACCAGCAACAGCAACAUCAGAAAUCAAAUUCACACAUUGAACAACGUUCGCGCCGUCGCCGUGGAUCCUCUGUAUCAUCAAUUGCCACCAGCAGCAAGCUCAACAAUGGCUCCUCUUUGCCAAACAGCAUGUACAAUUUACAUGACACUGUAAACAACAGCGCCUCUAUGGAGUGGAUCAACAUACAGCAACAGCAGCAAUUGAACAACAGUAAAAGCCAAGAUUUCUAUAUCAGCGGUUUUUCUGACAAUUCGCUUGAAAGUGCCAUCAGUCCAGGUACAUCUGAUGAAGAGGAGUCUGACUGUGAAGAAGAAGACUUGGCUGCUGCAUCACCCAAAAGCUAUUACAGCAAGGAGUUGGUUGAACCAGCAGCAGGAGCAGCAGCACCUGAGCAGCAGCAUCCGCUAUCUUCUCCACCCACAGUGCUUAAUAGCAGUAAUGAAUUGACCAAAAAACUAGAGAUGGUGCAUCAACAGCAACAGGAAGAGGAAGAGAGACAGCAAGCAGAAAAGUUCCUUGCAGCGUACAGCAGCAACCCGGCCGAAGCAACUGCUGCUAUACUGUCCAACUCAAUGUCAGACUACACCAUCCGCACCCGAUCAUUCUAUAGUGCUCAGCUAGCCGUCCCCUCUACCAUCUCUACGCCGGAUAUCUAUCAUCCUCCUACAGCCAAUGCAACCAACUACUUUGAUACAAGCCAUGCAAACCAUAGCCAUCAAAACUUGAUUUCUUCUACCUCUUAUAACUCCAUGGCAUAUCCUUCGGUAGCUGACUCAGAAGUUGUUACUCCAGCUUGUGCCAUGUCAGGAGAUCCAACUACCUUGGUUCCGAGAUCCCGGUUCAGCAAUUACAAUUUACAGCAACAGCCCAAUAGGAUGAGCAAGACGUUUGUGAGCAUGGAUCCCAAAUCAAAGCCAUUGCCACCACUGGUGCUGCUUCAGGAUGAAAAGGAGAGUAUAGUGACUUCCGCUUCUUCCAUUGCGUCUUCCUCCUAUACCAACAAACCCACAAGACAGCGCCGACAGGAAGACAAAGUGGAAGCAUGGAGACUGUCGACUGCUAGCAACAGGCAGAAGGAGCAGCAGCCUACCUUGCGAGCACCCAAAUCAAGAAUAUUCGAGAUUGAUAUUGACACCAACCGAAACAAUCAAUUUCUGUCUAGUUUACCGCCUUCGAUUCCCAUGCCCAACACCGUGCCUACCAUCAACAGAUCCAUUGUGCUGUCGUAUUCAACAUCACUCAUGGCACAGCAAUUCUGUUUGAUUGAAAAAGCCAUUUUGCUAGACAUUGAUUGGGAAGAAUUAGUGGAUUGCAGGUGGACCAAGAUGUCGGUCACCACGCUGUACCAACCGCCCAACAUGGAAGAUGUAGACCAGGAUGUAGCCAACGCCAUGGCUUUUGAUCAGCAUCCACAGGGCAUCUAUUCUCGCACAAAGCGAAUGAAGCAGCAACAUGAGAGAAACAAGGAUGGUGUAGAGCGAGGCAUAGAAAAAACGAUCAACAGAUUCAAUGCGGUCUGUCAGUGGGUGUCGAGUGAGAUUGUACAAACCAAGCAACUGGAUCAGCGUGUCAUAUUAAUUGAAAAGUUUAUUCGGUUAGCCAAGAAAUGCAAACUCUACUGCAACUUUUCUACUUUGAUUCAAAUCUUGCUUGGCUUGCAGUCCUCUUCUGUGUCCAGGCUGGAAAAGACAUGGCCCUUGGUCAACAAGCGAGAGAUGAAGACACUGCAGGAACUGUCCACGUUCACGUCGCCUACCAAGAACUGGAAGCAUAUCCGUGAUAGCAUGAGCCAGGUUGCAGAGGAAUAUGGAGAGUCGCCUACAGAAAUCCAAGUGGAAGUCGAUGAUAGCAACAGCACAUUCCGAAAGCGAAAAUCCAAGAAAUCAGUAACCAUUAAGCUCCCCUUUGGUGGCUGUAUUCCAUUCUUGGGCAUCUACCUGUCUGAUCUCGUGUUCAAUGCAGAACUACCGUCCUAUUUGCCCUCCUCUAACAACAAUAUUGAGCGAAAGCACCAAGGCAGCAUCGAUGCCGUGCUGAGCCAGCCAUUGGUGCAUUUCAGAAAGCAUCGCAUUACAGCCACUGUGAUUAAGCGCGUCUUGGUGUUUCAGAAUCUGGCGAAACGCUACUCUUUUGAAGAAUCCAGUGAUUUGUUAUUGUUUAAUACCUGCUUUCAAGUGGCCUCGUUGGAUACCGAGGCUAUUCAGAAAGCAAGUUACGAGAUAGAGCCUCCUACUCUGACGCCUGGCGUUGUUGUGUAUCAUUAA